UAGUAUUGGUUUAUGUUGAAUUUGAUAGCUGCUUGUGAUUUGAAUUCUGCUCUAAUCUUCUGCAUCUAAUGUAUCUUUUGUUAGUUAGUAUUUGCAUGUCAAUGAGGUUUUUAUCCGCAAAGGCGCAUCCAGGAUUUGAACAUUUUGGGUUCGAGUUUAGAAUUCUACUACAACUCAUUCAAUUUACUGAGUUCAAAAUGUACUAUUUUGUACUUGUUUAUUGAAUUUUUUAACCCGUAAACAAGGUCCGAGCCAAUAGAGGCGGAUCCGGGAUUUAAAAUAUAUGGGUUUAGCUUUUAUUAUUUUUUGGCAUUGAACCCGUUAUAUUUUUAUAGUUAGGGUUUAUAUCUAUUAUGUGUUACACUUUUGGUGAAUUUUUACACAUAGAUUUAUGCUCCUUCGAAAGUACUUAGUUCAAAUAAACCCGAUACUCAAAUGUUGCUUCCGCCCCUGCGAGCCGAAGCUACUAGGUUCAGAUGAACCUAUUAGUCUUUAACUACAUCGACCCUUGGCUAUAGGAUAUUAUUACUCUUUAAUUAGCAGUUUAUGUCUUUCAGUGAGUCUUCAGUUUACAGAUGCAGAAUAUAUGUACUAGAUGUGGGGACUGGGGAGGGACUGAGGCUUCUGUGGUUUUGUCAUCAGCAAUUUAGAUUUGGUUUCAGGAAUCUUGAAUUAUUGGACUAAAGACCUUGGUUCCCUUGCUCUACAGAUCUUUCCACUUUUCCAGGGUGAAAUGCCCUUCUUUUGAAAUUUGCUUUCACAUCUUUUAGUGCUUAGGAAUGGGAAUUUGAUUCUCUCACGUUCAUGGUUGAAUAUGGCAAGACUGAUGUUAAAGAUUCCAGUCAGUAUUUGGUCAGUAGAAUAUUGAAUCGACACAACAUCUGAAUGUAACCAUUUCGGAUUUCCUUUUGGACAUGAAUCUGUGCCUCUUAUCCCCAAUCAACUUGUCUGUAAGCAGUUGUGGCUUAUUAUUGCAAAAAUGUUUGAAAGCUAAGUUGCUGGAACAGUGCAAGCAAAUUCAUGCACUAAUGUUAACAUCGCACAUCGACAUGAAUGCUUUGUCACUGAAUUCAAAGCUCAUUGGUGCCUAUGCAAGUUGUGGGUAUCUUGGUGCAGCUGAUCUUGUGUUUGAAAGAACCAGAAACCUGAAUAUUUUUGCAUUUAAUUGGAUGAUUUCAUCUUUCGCAUUUCAUGGCUACCCUGAGAAAUCCAUUGGUUACUUCUCUCUUCUUCAACAAUCAAGAAUUAUUCCGAACAAGUACACAUUUACUAUUGUGUUGAAAGCAUGUGUUGGUCUAAUGGAUCUGAACAAAGGAAAGCAAGUGCACAGUAUGAUAUAUAGAAUGGGAUUUGAGUCAGAGUUAUCGGUUGCCAAUGCCUUGAUUGAUAUGUAUGCUAAAUGUGGCAAUACAGAAUAUGCUCGUUUAGUUUUUAAUGUAAUGGUUGAGAGAGAUAUUGUAUCCUGGACAUCAAUGAUACAUUCAUAUGCUAACACGGGGAAAAUAGAAGAAUCCUUUAUUUUGUUUGAAAAGAUGAGGUUAGAAGGCAUAAGGCCUAAUGAUUUUACAUGGAACAUAAUGAUCGCUGGAUAUGCUAGGAAAGGAGAUUGUGACACAGCUUUCACGUUAUUGUCUAAAAUGAAUAAAGAGGGGUUGACUCCAGACUUGGUUACUUGGAAUGCCAUGAUUUCGGGGUUCGUUCAAAGCCACAGAUCGACUGAAGCAUUAGCAUUAGUUCAGGACAUGUUGGAUGCAGGAGUUAAGCCCAAUGAAGUCACUCUCACUGGGCUUCUUCCUGUGUGUGGGUUGAUUGACUCUGUUUCUAGGGGGAAAGAAAUUCAUGGCUUAGUAUAUAGAUUAGAGUUUUUUGCUAAUGUCUUUGUUGCUAGUGCUCUCAUUGACAUGUACAGUCGAUGUGGUAGCGUGGAAGAGGCUUGGGAUGUUUUCAGUUCCGUUCCUUUCAAGAAUAUUGCAUCAUGGAAUGCUAUGAUAGGAUGUUAUGGAAAGCAUGGCAGAGUAGAACAUGCAAUCAAACUUUUUGAGAAGAUGCAGUAUGAAGGAGUGCUGCCAAAUGAAGUAACAUUAACUUCUCUUCUUUCUGCAUGUAGUCAUGCUGGUUUAGUUGAGAGAGGUUUGAAGAUCUUUUGGUCCAUAGAGGAGUCUUAUGGCGUUAGAGCAAGGAAAGAGCAUUAUGCUUGUGUUAUUGAUCUUUUGUGUCGUUUUGGGAGGCUAGAAGAGGCUUACAAUAUAAUCAAAGAUAUGCCAACAAAAGUUACAGAUUCAAUUAUUGGGGCUUUCUUCAGUGGUUGUAAGGUCUACACAAGGAGAGAUCUUGCUGAAAAGAUGGCUAAGGAUAUAUUGCACAUGGAUCUGAAGAAGCCUGAAGGUCUUGUAGCUCUCUCAAAUAUUUAUGCUGCUGAAGGAGAGUGGGAGAAUGUUGAGAAUGUGAGGAGCAUGAUGAAGGACAAGGGAUUAAAUAAGAUGCCUGGUUCCAGUCGGUUGUAGAGAAUAAGAUGAUAUGCGGAACUAGAUCUAGGAAUGUGAAGCAAAAUUUGAUUUUAAACCAUUAGAUAACGCAGGCGUAUUUGCUGCUAGUUUGUUAAGCCUUGGGGUUAUCAAGGCAAUGGGUCGAGGAAGAGGAAAGGGUAAGAAGUUGAGUCUAAUUGACCCCAAUGAUCCAGGAAGUGAUGAGGAAGAGAAUAUCCCUACUCAGAAGAGGAGAGGAAGGCCACAAAAAUCAUUCAAAGAUGACAUUGAAGAAGAAGCAACUGAGAUGAUCGACGAGGAAAAUUCUGAGAAUGAAAAAAAUGGAAUCGCAAACUUGGAGAUUAAAAAUUCUGCUACGGGAAAUGGGAAGAAGAGGAAUCGGAAUACUCUGAUUAAAGAAAAGCGUGAUUCAGUUAAAGAAGAAAAUGAUAAUGGAACAAGAUCAGGCAACGAUGAAUCUACUAGGUCAAAUAAUGGCUUCCGUCAUAGGCGGAAAAACAAGCCUCGCCGCGCUGCAGAAGCUGGUUUCAAGUGCAACUGACAUUUUGGCUGUGUCUUAUGUGGACUCAGUUCUUUUGUGAUGGCAGAUAGAUCCUUUUACACUGUAAAUCACGCCUUAGUUUCCAUGUUCCUUUAUGUAUGCUCAUUUUGGCACUUUAGUACAUUGACCUUUCUUAACCUUUUUGGAAAGGUCUUGUGCUGGUAGUACCGUUUAUGUGCAGAGCGUUUUUAUUUCCUAUGCAAUUUGUUGUUUGUCUGGCUUUA